AUUUACAACGAGUUUCUACGAUAAUUAUCAAAUUAUCAAGCGUAUUCGUAUAACCCUUUCUUAAAUUACAAUAAAAACAGAAUCUGUAUGUUCGUUUGUAGAAAAUUAAUAAAUUCGAAAUGAUAAGCGUAUUGUGCGCAGAGAAAUUUGUAUGUGAAAAUAUUGUGUGAAGGUAGAUUGUGCCUUCUAUUUUUUUUGCUGUGUGUGCCAAGUAACCUACCCAUGAAUGAGCGAAGAAGGCAAAAUAAUGCAAAAUGAGAAAAAGAAAACUACGAAGUAGAAGUGAAACCAAAAUAUAAAUUGGAAAAAGUGAACAUAUUGCAAAUCACUGCCAUCAACAUUGCCCUCCGUGAAUUUGGAUAUUUUGAAGCGCCGAUGAGAAACUUCAUAGCUUUGGAAUAGCCGUAGACGGACGGCGACCACCAUACCAACACACUACAUUACACCUAGAUAAGGUGUUUGUGUGUGUGUGUGUGUGAGGUACGGAGUUGGCACCUGUCGCGGGAGUUAUUCGUCAUCACGUAGUCGGUCGUCCAAAAACAAAACAAAACCACACGGAGACCUCAUUCCUCAUCGUUCGGUGGUGGUCAGAGAAGAAAAAAAAAAUCAAGAAGUCAUUUGGCAAAAAGAAAGAGUGUGGUGUAGUGUGGUGCAUUAUUUAACCACCCAAACCAGUUGUAGCAAAGAGAUAGAGAGAGAGAGAGAGAGAAAAGAAAAAUGUUGACAAGUGACGAUGGUGUUAGCAAGUUAAAAUAAAAAUCUGAAAGAAAAAAAAAGUACGAAAUUCAUUUGCUGUAAAUUCCGCAGCAAGCAAAAAAGUUGAACGUUCAUCAUCUCCAUCAUGUUUACGAAAAAAUCACAUGCGGAUAUCAAGAAAUCCACAGCUAAAUUGCAGGAUUGCAAAAAGGAUUCAGCGUCACGUUUGCGUCAUUUACGCACUAUUUUGGAUAAUGUGGACCAUGAAGAUGCCAAGUCCUUGUUCGAAACUAAUUAUAGUCAUGUGUACUUCAUUUUAUACGAUACAUUCAUUCAGGCUGAGGCGAAUCUAAAACAAAAAGAACUUCCGUUUCAUAUUGUUCACAAAGCCCAUCGUGAGGAAUUGGAUGGCUCACUAUGGCUAUUGGAAAAGAUACUCUGUUUGCUGCCCGAGUUGCUGGCUCGACGAUGGCAGUGUCAUUCUCUCAGCCGAAUCAUGGGCAAAUUGUUACAUUUAGGAAAUUCACCAAAACUGCGCAAAGAAGGUGUACGUUAUUUUCUUUUGUGGUAUCAGGCAUUGGGUGAAAAUGCCCCCUCCUACGUACAUAAUAUGUAUGCGGACUUGAUUCCUGGUCUUAUUGUGCCACAAAAAGGUAUGCAGGGCCCCGAUGUGGAAUUCAGUGCUGGUGACUUUAUAAAUCAUCCAAAUAUGAAAGUGGAGGGUGGCAUAACAUCGGUUUUCCACGACAGUUACUCACAUCCGGUACAAAGUGCGGAGCUAAUCGCUCUGUUGCCACCAUCAUCAAGUGAGAAGUCGCAACCGCCCGACCCCAGAGAUGGACUUGAAAUUCUUCUCAAUAGCAUGGUGCAGACGGCUGCAUGUCUCAAGUGGCGUGAUAAUCAUGCGAUAAAAGAUCACAAGGCUUUUGCCUUUCUGCUGCAGCGUUUCAAAGAUGUUUUCUUACCAGUAUUCAGUCCGAAUUUUGAUUUCACUAUGUCGGUGUAUGAGCCCAGAUUGGAGUUGCCAACAAUGCGUUCGAUAAAUAAAAAGGAUGAAGUUAUGGCCUCAUGUGUGGUGGUCUUGAUCAAUUGGUUGUCUCGUUUCACCCAUGAACGUUUGCUGCAGCAUCGCUUGGAUAGUGUCCAUAUAGCAGAGGCAGCAGAUCAUAUGCGUUUGCAUGCCUAUCAACAGGGUCUUAUUGUGAGGGAUGUGCUUUAUUCAACCCGAGAGAAUGUUAAUUUCAUUCACGAAGUUUAUCGCCAAGCAUUCCUUUUGAACUUCACCACCAAGGCCCAAAUAGAAGCUAUACGUUGCGCCAUUGCUGUCUACCGUGACUGGAUGACGGGAAAUACACCGCCGCCGUUCCUUUUGGAGCCUGAAGAGAAUUCUGGUACUGCGGCUUUGCAACAGCAACAGCAGAAUAGCCGCGAAAAUGCUGGUGGAACACCCAAGGCAAAUCAUCGCAUGAGAAAUCCUUCGUAUGUUGGAGCCAUGACUAGAGACAAUGUGGGAGUGCGAGCUGGGCUACAGAAUAUACUUCAAAUAUUUGUGACAAAUGCCGCCAAUGUAUUUUUGGUCAAUACGAGUACCUUAAAUAUAUUCUUCCCAAACAAAUCCAGGGAAUAUCGCUCGACUCCUUUGCAGGAGCAGACAGAGGUGUGUAAGAAGGUCUUAAAUGUUUAUCGUACCAUGGUGAUGAACACGCCCAUGGAUCCCCGGACAUGGGAACAAUUACUUCUAGUUUUGUUACAAGUGACGUCGUUGGUUUUACAUCAACACCCGCCGGCGGCCACUAAAAGUUCCUCUUUGGGUGGCAUAUUGGGACAAGCCAUUUUUCAGACCUUGAUUGUGACUUGGAUACGAGCCCAUACAAAUGUGCCGGUGAAUGUUCAGCUUUGGGAAAAGUUUCUUGUCGUCCUAACUUCGUUAACUUAUCGCGACGAGUUGAUCAUUGAAUGGGACAAGACCAUACAAACGUUGACGAGGGUAUUUUCCCGUUAUGUUUAUUCCUUGAAUUUACAAGACUUGCCUUUGGAUAGAUUGGCAGAGUCGAAGGGAAAACGUCGCCGUAUUGGAGUGUGGCAACAAACCUCGUCCGUAUCCAAUGGCUCGGUGACUAGGGAAAGAGAGUCAAAAGAUGCACAGCAACAUGAGCGUAUAUCAAAUGCCAGUCGUUCUGAGGAACACUCGCAAGGAACUCUGCUAGCCAGUGGGCGAAAUAGUGCGAAUCUAAACAGUGUUCAGAAGCAGAGUGCUCAUCGUUAUCCAGUUACACCGAUAUUGAGUCGAAGCUACAGUGAGGGGAGUUUAGCUUCAAUGGCAAGGACAUCACGCAUGCGCAGAAAAUCGCGUCAUCCCAAGACACAUCAGGCCGCUGUCGAGGCUCCGCCUAAUCUACCGUCCAGUGUAGAAAAUUCUAUGACUACCAUGGCAAUACAACAGGAAAGUUCCAAUACACCCGAGCUACUACAGAACGUGCAAUUAACCUGUCCUGUGUCGGUGAGCAAUGAUAUGAGAAGAGCCAUGUCCUUGGAUUCAUUGGCCACAUUGAAAAGGCCGCGUAAAUCAAAGCGCCUUCGACGAACCACCAACAAUGAGAAUGAGGAUAUGGACGAUUUAGACGGCGGUGGCGGUGGGGAUGGCGAGGACGAUAGUAAUGACGAGGAUUCUCGCAGUCCUUCGCCCACCGCAAGCAGCGGCAUUGAGGGUGGCUCCAUUAAAGAUGCUCAAAUACAAAUCGAUGUCCUGGCCGUCGAUAGUGGUGGAAGUUUGGGUGAGAGUGAGGGAAAUUCGGGAACGUAUCAAACAGAAAGAAGGUCCAUUAUCUUGGGUGGUACUGCCACCGGCUGGCUCCCCGAUUCCACCGCCAUAAUGUGGAAACGUAUGCUGGGUGCCUUGGGCGAUGUAAACCGCAUACCCAAGGCCGAUCUGCAUGCUCAAGUUUUCAAGCAUUUACUGGAUAUGACUCUGAAUUUGGUGAAAAUCAAACAGAACCAAGGAAUAUCGACGGACAAUCAACAAACACCACCUCCACCAUCGCUGGUGCCACCCAUUGGUAUUGUGGCGCCUUGGUGCUAUGGCUCUCUUACACUGGACAAGUCGUUUAAGAAAGGCAAGCUGUGGGCAGUGCAAUUGCUGUGCAUGUUAGCUGUGAAUGGAGCGGUGUCGGGAAUGCAACAUCUUCCCUUGUUCUACUAUGCCAUACACCGUCUGCUAACCGGCGAAGACCGAGAAUUGAUUUAUGCGACUCUAAAGCAUUUGGAAGGUCCCCGUUUCCUAAGUCUGUUAAUGCCCGGUCAUACUCUACUACUAUUGGACAUUGUCCAUGCUUCGGCGAUUUUGUUAACAUCAUUGGAGGCAAAUCGUGCCACUCCCCGUUCCGAGGUGGCAGCUCUUUUGGGCACCCUUUUGUGCUACCCAUCGACGCUAUUGCCCCGACCCCUUUUGCAGCCGACUCCCCAACAGUUUGAACUGAUGGAGUGCGCAGACCUGCAAGACCACAUUUUAAAUAUUGUUUUGCGUUGUGCCCGGCGGGAACCGUCGGCCAAAGCUCGCUGCAUAGCCCUCUCCCAGUUGGGCCAAUGGAUUCUAAUGAAACUCUCACAUCCUUUACCAGCCGCUAAAGGGGAGGGAGCGAAGUUUCAGCAGGCUAUACCGCAUGCCAAGGGGCAGCAUGUUAAGGACGAAUCAAAUCAACGAGGCAUAUACAAUCCCCGUAUAAAGGAAGCACUGCAAGUGUUGCUGCAGGCUCUGCAGUUUAAGCACAGGACCAUCGCAAUGGUGGCGGUAGAUUCUUUGAAGCUCUGUGCGGAGCGCGGCACUGAGUUGGCGCAUGUUGAGAGAAUGCCUCAGCUAAUCAUAACAGCCAUUUGCAAGGCUUUGGAAAUACAAAAUGUCACAAAUCCCAAGGAUUCGGACAAAGUGGUGCUGACAGCACUGAUGUUAUGCCUGGGUGAGUACUGUAUGUCCUUUCCCUUGGCUAUAAUGCUGGAGCCGACCAAUGAUAAGGGCGACACGUUGGUGUUAAUGGUUCUAAGGGUGCUCUUGCAAAUUGCUUCGGGGGCACCCCGCCAUGAACGAGUGAAGUUGACUGCAGAUGAUGAUUUCGAUAUGCACAUAACAGCUGACGAUCUAAAUGAUGACGGAAAACUGCCCGAGGCAAACUACCAGACAUCGGAGACGAUACAAACUUGUAUAACGGCCAUAAGGCUUUGUGCCAAAGCUGUGUCCAUGCAUUUAGUUACGCAUUUGGGCCAUUUCCCCAUGGGCAUAGGAGCGGCGCGCCUAAGUUCUUUGGUGGAGGAACAGGAUGAUCUGAAUGGCUACAAUGGGUGUUUGAGUACAACACAGUCGGUGGGAAAUAAUCAGAAUAGUGUUGAACUGCGUCGUGAUUCUGUGGAGUUGCCUUCAAUAUUACAUGCUCAAAAUAUGCAAUUAUUUAUGUUAAAUCCUGGUCUGGUGGCCAGUUUUAUUGAGCUGCCAACACUUAAAUUGCCAGGCGGUGGUGUAACUGCUGGCCUAGUUACAGCCGAGAAACAAGUAAGGGUUCUUCUGCGCGAUCUCAACGGGAAGGCGUGUUGGGAUGCGUCGAUAUUGUACAGUGAGCCGAAGAGGGAAUGUCCCAAAUUGGAUGGUCUGACGCCAACUUCGUUGGAUCCUCGCGCAUCGUUUAGUCCUUCGCACAUUCAACGCAGUAAUCAGGUUCAGCCAAUGGAUUCUCUAAUGCAUUCUAUGCAAGGAUUAGACAUUGCCCCGCCGCGUCAUACACUUAGACACAGGCCUUUGGGUGAAUUGCCACUGGCAAAGGAUUUGGCCUCCGACCUGGAUCAAUUGGAUGAUUUGCUGGCAUAUGUAGGUCAUACUAGCCCUGAGUGUCUACCCUAUCCGGUUGCCCAACUGAAUGUACCCGGUCCCAGUCCUUUGGGCAGCAAUGCUGAAGCUCAAGCUAUAUCGGUAAUACUCAACCAAAGAGUCACCGAACAAGAAUUCAUUUCAAAUCUCAACAUGCAAACAUUGCAACUGCCCCCCGCUGGUGGCAGUGCGACCCCUUCGCUGGCCGGCACUGCUGGACACGACACACGUUCGCUGCAUUCAAUGCACGAACCCAUAUCGCAUAACUCCUUUGAAUCCUAUCACACAUCCAGUCUGAAUGGUCGCAACGAAAUUCCCUUCCAAUAUUGCCGUCUGCUGUUUUCGCAUCUGGGCCUUGCAGGUUGGGAGCGACGUUCGCGAACGCAUUUAUUGCAGCGUACAGAGAAGCUGCUGCGCGAGUUACGCAAUGUAGACCUACAAAAAUGUCGAGAAACGCACAAAAUGGCCGUAAUCUAUGUGGCGUCGGGCCAAGAGGACAAGAACAGUAUACUAAGAAAUGCCAGCGGCAGCAGCAUGUACGAGAUGUUUGUCUCCGCCCUGGGUUGGGAAAUUGACCUGGAGACUCAUAAUGGAUUUCUGGGUGGUUUGCCGCGUCAAGGCUGUGGUGCAACUGCUCCCUACUAUGCCACUCCGUUUUUAGAAGUUAUAUAUCAUGUGGCCACUCGAAUGCCCUCCGAUACGCCCGAGGCAAUACUAUGCAAAACGCGACAUUUAGGCAAUGAUGAAGUUCACAUUGUAUGGAGUGAACACUCGCGUGAUUAUAGGCGUGACAUUUUGCCUACUGAAUUCUGUGAUGUCCUCAUUGUUGUGUAUCCCCUCAAAAAUGGUCUCUUCCGGGUUACGGUGAAUCGAAAGCCAGAGGUACCCUGGUUUGGGCCGCUGGCAAAUGAGAGUGUUGUAAGUGGUGCUUGUCUGGCCACGUUGAUAAGAGCAACAGCUAUCAAUGCUAGUCGUGCUAAACGUGCAGCGUUGCCGCUAUAUCAGCAAUAUUACGAAGAGCGUAAUCGGUCUUUGGACAGUGUAUCGUCGCGCUACAAAGAGAGUACAACAUUUGAAGAUUUUGCCAAUCGCAUUUACAACCCCAUGCCCAUAUCAUCUUAUGCAACGUUACGGGAUACUAGCAAUAAUUCAGCUCCUCUUGCGGCAGCUUUAAUAGACCACCAGAGAUCUUCUGUGAAAGGUUGGGUUCAAGCCUCAAUUGAUGCCAAUAUGAAAGAGAUACCCCUGGGCAUAAUGCAAUCUGCUUCGGCAACAUCAACCACCGCAAUGGAAGCCAUGCAUUCCUCAAAUUCACCAAGAGGUGCUCGUAAACUGGGUUCUACAUUCAAAAGCGGAGCGAAACGAAGUGGUCUCCAUGCGACCAGUAGCAGUUAUACAACACCGCCCGACAGUCCAACAAUGCCCUUGCGCAAAUUUAAAUAAUAUUUAGUGUUCGCUAGCCAAGAGCGAGAUAAUUACUAGUUAUCACAAUCGAAAAGAAAUCUACGAAACAAGGAGAAUAUCUCUGCAGCGAAACAGCGAAGAAUAGAAGUAUUUAUAAACAAAUCUCGAGAGAGAAGAAGAUAGAAAAUGAAAAGAUCAAAGAAAAAAAAAAAUACUUAACAACACAAUUAAAACCGAAUUAAAUUCAUUCCUUUUUUAAUCAACUACGAGUGAGCAUAAAUAAGUUAAUUUUAAUACUUUGAUUCUUAUUAAAUAUUUAAAAGAGAAGAGAAGAAAACAAUGCAAAAAUGCGCAUUUGACAAAAUAUUUUUUGUUUUGCCAGCAACGAAGCGCAUUUGUUUUGUAGGCAUUUUAGCGUUUAAUUUACACAUAUUUUUCCUUUUUAUUGUUAAUUUUAAAUGUUUUCAACACCGCCCCAUACACAUGUUUAUAAAUUAUUUUUAUUAUUUUUUUUAAUCGUAAACUAUUAAACUAUACUACAACACAACAAGUAUUUAUUUAUUCUACUUUUAAAAAUUAUUAAUAAUUGUAAUUAUUUUAAAUGUUUUUCUUUUCCCUCCUCAUACUGUUUGUUAAUUCUAAGAUAACAAAAUGCAAUUUUUCAAAUAUUUUAUUAUUUAACCAUUUAUAUUGAUUGAUCCUAACUAAAGUGAUUGGUUUCUUGUAUAAAAUUUGUUGUAAGUUUAUUUGAGCAAAUGAAAUGUAUACCACCACCUUCCAUGUAGGAAAUGGGCAAAUGAUUUUGAAUGGUGCAAGUAGAAUAUAUAUGUGUGUGAAAGCCAUAACAUAAUUUCUAAAGCAUCUAAAAAGAAAGAAAAUUUCCCUAUUAAUAUUCUGCACCACUACAGUGUCAUAGGGUGCAUUUGCCGGUAACUCUCUGGAGGAAAAGAGAUAUACUCAUCGACUAGUAUACUAUAUAGAAUCAUGUCCUUAUUUGUCGUUAUUGUUAUCGGUUGCUACAAAAACUUUUAUUAUUAUUGUAAAAGAGACCAAGUGGUUCUCAUAGGUACCGUGGUACGUUUAAAGUCAUCAAAAAAUGAUAAACGAAGCAUCAAAAUUAUUACUCUUGUUAUAUGAGCUUCUUUCAUAGAGUGUUUUUUGUUUGUCGAGAGAUGGUUUUGUUAUUGAACUUAUCUAACUAAUACUAUUCUCAUUUUGAGCUGGGAACUAAUAU